AUUUGUAUUCUCAUUAUAUUGUAUAAUCACUUAGUUACUGUUAAAUAAGUUCACGAACAGACGUCUCGGUAUCGACGCAUUAGUGUUAAACACGCGUUACUGUAGUCAGAAUUCAUUCCAAUGGGUAAAGUAGCGACAGCAGAAGUGGUUCGGUUCAUGACCGACUGUCUAAGAGCAGUUGGAACAUCAGAAAAGGCAGCUGUGCAACAAGCUGACUUACUCAUACAAGCUGAUAGACUGGGGCAUCCUAGUCACGGACUCAAUCGACUUGAACUGUACGUAAAUGACAUUGUAAAGGGAGCAUGCCAGCCAAAUAAUGAACCAAAAGUGUUGAAGGAGAGCGCAUCGACAGCUUGGGUGGAUGCAAACAAUGUACUCGGAGCCACCGCCAGCCAUUUCGGCAUGGACUUGGCUAUCAAGAAGGCGAGAGAUACAGGAGUCGGCUGGGUCACAGUUAAAGGUUCUAAUCACAAUGGCAUGGCAGGUUAUUGGGCAAAGAAAGCCGCAGAUAAAGGUUUUAUUGGCAUGGCUUUUACAAACACUUCACCACUCUUAGCACCUACGAGAAGUAAACAGCCAGCACUGGGCACAAAUCCCAUAUCAGUGGUGGCGCCAGGCUCACAAGGAGAAUCCUUCUACUUAGACAUGGCCACUACUGCAGUUGCAGUUGGAAAGAUAGAAAUGCAGAUGCGUAAAGGAGAACCGAUACCAAGCGGUUGGGCUCAGGGACCCGACGGAAAGGAAACCACCGAUUCGCAAAUAGCCUUCGAUACCAGCUGUUUAAUGCCACUAGGUGGAGGGGAACAAACAUCAGGAUAUAAAGGAUUCGGGCUGUCUGCUAUGGUGGAUCUAUUUUGCGGAAUAUCCUCAGGGUCUAACUAUGGUCACCACGUGCGUGCAUGGUCACAUAGCGGUGAUGGGGGCCCGGCAAACCUGGGUCACUGCUUCGUCGCUGUAGAUCCUCAACGAUUUGCGCCCGGCUUUAGAGAUCGUCUCACUGAUAGCAUACAACACUGGAGGCAACUCGAACCGACGAAUCCCAGUUUACCCGUAUUGGCUCCGGGAGACAAGGAAAAAUUGAACGCAAGAAUAGCCGAUGCCAAUGGAACAGUGUCAUAUGUAAAACAACAGAUCGAAUCCAGCGCAGCACUCGCCAAAAGACUCAAUGUUAAACCAAUGAAUGUAAUACAGGGCCAGUAGAUUUGUAUUAUCGGUAAAAAUAAACUAAGUUAUCUCAUGCA